UAGGAAGAAAAUCAUUAAUAGGACAUAAGAAAUAUGGAAACUCCUUAGAAGAAUCUUUAUAUAUAUUGGAACUUUGAAAUGUCUUAACAGUAUAAGGAGGAAUGCUGGAACUAAAGUCCCUUGUGGGAAAAUUUCUUCCAAACAUUGCAGCAACUUCAGCAUGUUUAGGAGGAGAUUAUUAUGCAAAAUAUGUUUCAUGGAUAGGGAAAUCAUCAAGGAAGGUAGUCAGUGUACUGGUCCAGUUCUGCUACCUGAUUCUAAGAUGUUUUUCUCCUCUACUGGCAGUACUGCUGCACAACACAUCUAUUCAGAAAAAGAUGACAAUACUCAACCCCCAUGGUUCUCUUCAUUCAUGUGACUGUACCAGCUUCUCGUCAUCACGUGAUUUGAAUGUGGGUUCCAUGAAAGAACGAUGUAGAAUAUGUCAUUUCCAAAAUGAAAAUGAACAAUUUGUUGAAUAUGAAACUACAGACAAACUUCAAGACCAUGACUCUUCUACAACACUGUUGCUGGAUGAAGUGUGUGAGAGAAGAAAACCGUGUUAUGUUGCUGAGGAGUUGGAUGUUAGCUUCUUAGAAUUGUCAGACGGUGAGGAAGAUUCUGAUCUGGAAGUGGAGAAUAUGGAAUACGAAAUGUCCUUUAGCAUAGAGUCGCCCAAUGAAACAGAGGAGUCCUAUAGACAGAGAGGCAAACAUCGCCAAAAUAGUAUCGUCAUUGAAGUUUCUGAUGCAGAAGCAACGACUCUGAAGGGAACAACCAGGGCAUAUCAAUCUAUGACCUGUUUUGAUUAUACCAGUCCAAUUGAUAUCGAUUUCAAAUCUAGUCAGCAGAUAUACCAGCAUGUAAUUUUUCCUGGUAAUUCUUUAGAGGAGAGACAGAGGAAGGUUUUCUGUGACUCCGAGUCCAAUCAGUGGGACAGUCAAGAUAGUUCAUUUUACUCUGACAGUCUUAUCUCAGCAGGAGGAUUGCAUUCUCUUAAGUCUCUAGGAGAUCUUGAUUGUAAAGAGGACCUUCGUGUUUCAGAGAAAGUUAUUUGCUGGGAAGAAAACGUUUAUGCUGAUAUGUCUGAACAUGAUGUGAAUUGUAUUGUUGAAAAUGUAACUGAAAAUUUUCAUUCAUCUCAAGAAGAGAAAUGUAAACCCUCACCUGAAAAAAUGAAAGGCAAUGUUGAUUUUGAAGAUAAUUUUCAACAUGAUGUCAAAAAUGAAUUUCAUCCUUUUUUGUGUACUAUGCUUUGUGCUUUUUUCCUGAAUCUUUAUGUAUUAUCUGCAGUCUUUACACAGUCUGAAGAAAAUGUUCUCAAAUUUCAAGCGGAGAAGAAAAAAAAGAAGAAAAGGAAGAUAUUACAUACAUCUAAGAGAAAGAAACGACAAAGGCAAAGGCUUUUACGAGAAAUCAUCAACUGGCAGAUAAGUCUUAGAAGAAAUACAACUGUUAUGUAUGAUUUCCAAACCCAGAAUAUUUACCCAUCAAGAAGAAAUGGAAACACAAGGCUAGAUGAAAUCGCUAAUGAAGGCUUGGAAGGUGGUCAACCUGAGAAUGGGAUUGUACAGAGUCGACCUGCAGAAGCAAUUCCAAGCAUCGAAGAGCAGCAGAAUGGAUUACCUAAUGGCAACUCUGCAACAUUUCCCAGGUAUGUAUCGGAAAGAAAUCAAACUGGGAAUAUGGACACCAUUAGGCAGUUCUUCUCCAAUCCCACAAUGGAAAUAGAGAGACCUCAGGUAGACCCCCUCACCAGGUCCUUACCAGCUAUUCACACAGUGGGGCCCCAUAUGGGGGGUAUAUCUACCAGUGAGGCCCUCCCAAGGAUAGAAGAGAGUGAGGCCUGCAAUACGCUAAGCACAGAAAACAAUGCUGUCCCUCCAACAGAGGAGAGACAGUCUCAGGGAAUGACAGCGACAGAGGAGGCAGUAUCUACCCCCUCCCAGCCCUCAGCACCCCAAGAGGCAGACGGCCAAUCAAUGACAUCAACAUCUACCCCCUCCCACUCCUCAGUACCCCCUGAGGCAGACGGCCAAUCGAUGCCGUCGACAGAGACCCUCAGUAGCUUCUUUAGCAGUGUCUCCCUGUCGUCUGUUGAGGAAGACGAGGCGUUCCGAUACGAGUGGAUCAGACUGAAGACCUUCUCCAACUGGCCCCUGACAUCACUGUUCUCCACUGCCAUGGCUCGUGGUGGGUGGGUGGCCCUGGGGGAGGGGGACAAGGCCAGGUGUUACAGCUGUCAUGUUGUCCACCAAGGAUGGAGGAUCGGCGACAAUCCAUUAGAUUUCCACGAUAGACACUGCAGAUUUUUACAAAGUGUUUCAGAUAACGUACCCAUUAUUCGGGAGGAGCCUGCCCCUACCCCUAGGACAGUGGAGAGGGACCGUGAGAGACCCCCCGGGCACGGUGAGGUAGCACCCCAGGGGAACAUGACAGGACAGGUGCCCCGGCCCGAGGAGGAGAGAAACGUUGUGAUGAAUCUGAUGUCUAAAGACGUGGGUGAACCUUUCCAGGAAGAAAGAGGAAACCUUGUAGUCGAGAGCAGUAACCCUGGCAACGUGACAACAAACCUACAGAUGUCAGAGAGACCUCCUGUUUACAAUUCCUUGUACACCUCCAGACCUACCCCCCAGCUAGUCACCCCCAUGGAAUCUAACCCCAUACUGAAGCACAGCCCCUCCAAUCCCCAGGGUCACUCCGCAGCUGGUCCCCCGCCCCUGCCCCCCGGCAGAGAGGCCCAAUUAGAGGCCCUCCGUAGGGACCCGAUGGGGAUUAAUUUUGACCGCCCUAAGUACCCAUCCUACGCCAUUCUGGCUGUGCGGAUCAGCUCCUUCACUGAUUGGCCUACAGCUAUGACGCAGACCCCACGUGACAUGGCCCUGGCCGGGUUCUUCUACGCAGGAUACGGGGACUACACACGAUGCUUUUUCUGUGGAGGGGGAUUGAGGAACUGGGAGGCAGGGGACGACCCAUGGGUUGAGCAUGCCCGCUGGUUCAGUAAAUGUGCAUUUGUGCGACAGAACCGUGGUCAGCAGUUUAUUGACCUUGUGCUGAGGCGUGCUGCGGAGAUGGAGGAACAGAGAUCACAGGAUGAAGCUGGAAACUCACAGACAAACGCACAGACAAACACUCAGACUAGUGAGGCAGCCCAGACUCUUGCUAAGGAGGAGAAGAUCAUGAAGUCGGCAGCUGUUAUCAGCAUCAAAGACAUGGGAUACAGCGAGGAGAUCAUUAAAACAGCCAUUACUACCAUCAAAAGCAGGCUACCUAGAGGUAAACACAAGGUCUCCGCUCAAGAAAUCUUGGAGGUCAUAUUUGAAUUAGCAGACAGCCAGAGAGCAUCCGAAAAUUCCAGCAGCCAAUCAGAGCCACAGAGAAAUGUUGACCAAUCAGAAUCCUCCUCCACAUCUGCUGUCCAAUCAGGAGCUACCACAGAGAAUGUCACAAAUAAUGUCAGCCAAUCAAAUUCCACUACAGAUAAAACUGACCAAUCAACAAGCGAGGAGGCUGCAGCCACAGGAACUUCAAAUGCAGGUGAAUUAGGAGAAAAUCUUCUUUCCAAUCCCACUUUUGAUGAGCUGACGUCCCUGAGACAGGAGAACACGAGUCUGAAGGACCAGAUCGUCUGUAAGAUCUGUAUGGAGAAGAACGUGUCCAUCGCCUUCUUGCCGUGCGGUCACCUGGCCUGCUGUGCUGACUGCGCCCCAGCCAUGAGGAAGUGUCCCAUCUGUAGGGAGUUUGUCAGGGGCACUGUCAAAACCUAUCUUGUAUAAACUUUCAGAGGGUUGGGGAUUUUGAAAGGGGUCCUCUCAAGACUUUUUUUAGAUCACCUAUUAUUC